UUUUUAUGGCCACCAUUCAUCUGUCAAACUGUCUGAGACGCUUCAGAAUUCCUCUCUUGCGCCCCUCGAGCUCUUCUAUCUUUCGAUAGAAACCGCAGAGUGUCAUAUAAUCUGGGGUCUUCCUCCUACAUCUUGCUCGUUCACCAUCGCCUUUUCAACCUCAGCUGCUCUUAUCACCGCACACCUCUCUAGAUAAGACAUUAAAGACAUUGAAGUCUAUGUACGCGUAUAAUCAGCUCAGUUGCCUGUUCUACCCCCUGCUCCCGGUGAACACGGUGACGGAUAUACAUAUGACGGGCUUGGAUAUUGGUCCCUCAUUGCCCGCUAUGAAAGAAGAGCCAGCCAGUAUCUGUCUUUUUGCCUCUAGAGUCACGUUUUCGGCCGAGAACAGUGAUUGGAGCAUAAGUCAGAGCUCUCGUAAACCAGCAACUCCAGUUGCUGCGCCUGUUACUUCUCUCACAGUCAAAGUAGCCCCUCCCGUUAUUAACGAAGAAAAUGCCGCUCCAACACCUCCCGUCAUUGCGUCUGCAGCUACUAUUACGCCCAGCUCAGCUAUUGCGCCUGCAUCACUUAUGCCACCCCUGCCGACGCAGAGUGCUCACUCGCAGAAACCAACACCAAUACAACGCCGUAAUCGGGAGCGGCUGGAGGCCCUAGCUACACGGAUUCAGAAUUUCAACGGAUCUGUCACGGAGCUCCUGACUGUUGCCAAUGUCCAAGAAGAGCUGGACAUUGCCUUCGAUAAUCUCAUUUAUGCCCAGAAUCAGCUCAAGGGCGUGCUGCGACGGUUUGAAGUUGAUGGAUACAUAACUAAUCGUCAGAGCAGCAAGAGAUAUGGCGCCCUGAAAGACAUGACGAAAGCAACUCGCCGUCUUGGACAGUUGAUGAACCAGCUCUGGAAUCUUCAGCGGUGUUAGACAGGUAGCCACCACUGGGGCACGUGAUUUUCACGAAUGCGCGAAAGCUUUGGACAUGUUUCUGCAGAGACGUACACAGAAGCAGAUAUUCGUGUAGGCAUUGUGA